UAAUCCGCAUCACAAAAGCUGUCAUGCCGCUCAUGCCGGGGUCUCCGCGCCCAGGCACUCCUGCACCCCAGGACGAGGACGACGGCGUGUACCGCUCCCUGUUCCAACAGCCGGUGGUGGAAAUACCCCCGGCCGCGCCAUCCUACGCCUGGUUUGAGUUCCUCCUGCAUCCAGAGGCGCUCCAGAAGCAUGUACGUGGAUCUCUGUCCUCCCGAAAAUGCCACCAAUUUAUCAUCACUCUGCUGCAUAGUUGUCCACUCUCCACCAGCAAAAGAAGCGCGACGUACAUAGCGCCACGUCUGCCAUCGAGUUAGUGCGCGAGUUCCUGGACCAAGCGCAGCUCGUGGCCGAUGAAGGCAACGUGCGCAACAAACGCUACAGUGCGCUCCUGCUGGUGGCGGCUCAGGUGGCGCUGCAGAUGCAGUUAUCACUAUCCGCUAUCGAGGCGGCACUACCCCUGCAUUUCCAGCGACUGCUACUCGACGGUAUCGUAGACUUCGCCGAACAACCGUCCAGCAGUCGCAGCGAGUUCACAAAGGACAUCACAAUUCAGCCCUACGAGGCGCAUGUGUUGCACAAUCGCUGGACUUUGCGCACACUUGUAAACCAGUCUCAGAACGGAUACUUGACCUGCAGUAUGCGAGGCGAGGGCGAGGAGAUCUCGUCCACGUACCAGAUGGCGCUGGGUGAUCUCAUGGCUAACCACCUACAGAUCGCGCAGAACAUUCAGACGAUUCUCAUGAAUGACGAGAAGCAAAAGCUCACUAUUCAGACGCAGUUGGAAACGUACUACGAUCUUGGUAUGUAUUUUUUCAGCUUCAACGGGUUCGAGAAGGCCUACAGCUGCUUCAGUCGAGCCUCUGAGCUUGCGGAGGACGCAGAGAAUGGCGAUGUGGAUAUGGAGGAAGCAAACUCUGCCAAGUUAUCUCCAGACAUUCGAGCGAACCUCGAAGGGUAUCUGGCUGCCUGUGAAGCAGUACUGGAGGUACAGUCAGUGAACGAGAGCCCCUCAGUCCUCAAGACACCGAAGAUACAGAUCGAGAUGGCCUGGGAAGGUCGAGAUUGGGACAAGGUGAUUGAACUUGUUGAGAAUGACAUCGUGGCCUCGGAUUUGACGCGACUGCCGCCAGGCUAUCGAGCGGCGUUGGAGCAGCAGGCGCUUCGACUAUUGCGGUCCAGCAGCGAUAACUCGAUAGAGGAUGAUCCGCAUAUUGCAGCGCAUACCAUUCGGUUUUUCUACAAACGUAUCGUGAUGGAGAAUGCUGUGAUGAAGCUUUUGUUUGAAGGUAAUGAGGAAGAGGCCACUUCUGUGGAGACCUGCGUCUGUGUGUGCAUCCGACUGCUUCAGGACGAGAUAUUCCACUCUGUAGCCCGAGUUACCGGCAAUGAUGGAGAGGCCAAGAAGCGUUUUGCAGUGUUUGUGCUGGCACUUAGUGGCUUUGCAUACUCAAACGGGCCUGACAGCAGUGCGAAGGCACGAGUCAAGAGGUUUGUUAUUCAAGUUCUCCGUCACUUUCCCUGCAUUGCGGACUUGGCUGGCGUGUCGGAGAUUUUGAGACGGUGUGGUGAUCUCCAUGUUACGGAAGAUAUUGCAUCAGUGCCUUUUGCAGAAAGUUUGGACAGCUUGGUGAUAGUAGAGGGCCAUCUUCGUAGUGCGGUGGCCAAGCAAAGGGGACACUUUCGCUUGAUGGCAGACGUGGGGGGCAUAUUUGCGUUCUCUGGUGCGAAAGUGAAAGAGGCCUUUAUUGCUGCUCUUCAGAUCGAACUGGCUGACGUGACUAACAGUGCGCAAGGAGACGGUAACAUCAGCGCGCUUUCGCAGAAUCUGGUCACGUUUUGUGCGGCUAACAAUUGCUGGGAAAUUCUAUCUCAAUGCAAGGCAGUGGUACCAGCUUCAUCCCAGUUGCACUGCGAGCUGGAAUUUGUGAUAGCGUGCGGUGCGCUGACACAAUACUUGUCAUCAUUAGCAACGUCUCCACUGUCAGCCGGCGUACCGAGUGCCAAGGCUGGUAGCGAUGCAUUCUCUGUAGCAAGUGCCGAGAAUGCCGAGUUCUCCAUUAUGACGAGUAACAAGCUCAUGGGUGAUAUCUUGCUCAAGUGGCGUGAAUCGGUGAACGGAAUUCGUGCAAGUCUUGCGGAUGGUGCAGACAACGUGAAACAAAUUGAGGAGAGGUCAAAGCAGAUGCUUCUGGGUCUUCCUCUAUGGCUUGUGGAGACGCUGGUGUGUGUUUCUGCUGGUCUGCUACACCGUGCAUACAUGCGCAAUGCCUGUGACUACCGUGUAUCAUUUGAUCUUACUCCGUACGGCGACCUGGCGUUUUUGGAAGCAUUUUCACCUGAUACAUCGUUUAUGCCGUCAGAACCUGGUGCUGCUGGUACUGAAAAGUCGGAUAUUCAGUUCGCAACAGUGCCGUUUGUGAAAAACUUUCAGGCAGAUUUGGUUGGCUUGCAUUUUCGAGCUCUCGAGAGCUUGGUGUGCCGUUGCGGUCGUGAGCCAAGGUGGCAUUGUGCCAAGGCAGACUUACUGCUGAAUCCGCUGUCAAAGCAACGACUUGCCUCGACUUCUGAUCCACUCGCUGCUCUCAAGGGGUAUUUGGUGGCAGCCUCAUUAGCGACCAAUUUCUUCUCCGACAUGGUGUCUGUGGUCGACAUCAUCGAUCAAAGUUCACUUGUUCGUUUGAGCCAAUGUCUCGUUAAAGUUGGAGCACACAUUGCAGCCGCUGUGCUUUAUCAGUGCUUUAUGCCUGAAGAGUUUAAGUACGGUCUCCGAAUCUUGCGCCUCGCUCCGGAGUCCCACGACGAGGCAUUCUUUCAGUAUUUUUGGGAGCUGCCAUUCCUUGAGCUACUGGUGGAUCUCCAUUCGAGCCCAAAAUACCUCAAUGAUAGGUAGGCGCAAAUUGCCAAUUCUUUUACGUUGCAGUGUCUGACUUGCUGUGUGUUAUAUGCUCUUCAGACAUGUGACGCUGCUCACCAACCUGAUCCAGUCUCCCGAAUUGAACAGUUCCAAUCCCUCUCCAGUCGUCAAGGACGCCGAACAACGCAUUCUUCGCUGCUACUUCCGGGACUUGUGCCGAAUUUACCUCAGCGACUAAGUGAAAUGCAACGUGUUCCUAUUGACUGUUGUGCGUUAUAGAUACGUUUUGAUGAAAGUGCUUGGUGGUAUAUUUACAAACAACAGCGUUUCAACAUAUCUUAAGAUCAA